AUGACCUCCAUUGUUGAAUCUUUUCCUCGGGGACUUGUCUACCAUUCUCAGCCCCAGAAGUCUGCUGACACUUCUGUCCUGGCCGAUUGGGAGAUCCAAGCUGAGAAAUGCCGUAAAGUCCUUCGAGAAUCUCUCAACCCAGCUUGGCUUCUACCACCUGGUCAGCUUCCACCUGCCGACCAGCUCAAUGUCUCUACUUUCAUCGAGACAUGCGGCUUCCUCUCAGCACGAGAGCUGGAGAUCACAGCUACCAGCGCAACGAAGCUGGUGGAGCAAAUGGCCUCUGGCUCUCUGACGGCUGUCGAGACUGUCACUGCAUUUCUCAAGAGAGCACAUAUCGCACAUCAGCUCAUCAACUUUGCUACCGAGUUUAUGAGUGCUGAUGCUCUCGAAGCCGCUGCUGAGCUUGAUGCCUACUUCAAAGAAACCGGCAAAAUCAAGGGGCCCUUGCACGGUAUUCCGAUCUCAACCAAGGAGCAUAUAUGCCAUAAGGGACGGAUUGCUCAUUCGGCUUACGUCGCCCUUAUCGACAACGUUGCCGAAGAAGACGCCUUGCUUGUGCAGUGCUGUAAGAAGGCUGGAGCAGUAUUCCAUGUCCGAACGAAUGAGCCUCAAAGCGUAAUGCACAUUGACUGUUCCAACCCAAUCUACGGCACGACCGUGAACCCACACAACCGAACGUUAACAUGCGGCGGCUCGAGUGGAGGAGAAGGCGCUUCGUUGGGACUACGUUGCGCAGCUUUGGGUAUUGGUACCGAUCUUGGCGGUUCUGUUAGAGUACCCGCUGCAUUUUGCGGCGCAUAUGGAUUGAGGACUACAGCACUACGCAACCCGUACAAAGGCGUGUGUCUUCCUGGUGCUGGGCAAGAGAGCAUCCGAUGCGUCAUCUCACCUCUAGCCAACACUGUAGAGGACCUUGGCCUUUUUCAGAGAGCUGUUCUUGAUCAGGAACCCUGGGAGAUUGAGACAUCGCUGGUACCUCAGGCUUGGAAGCAGGCCAGUUCGCUAGAACCUGGUAACUUUACUAUUGGAGUUAUGUGGGAGGAUGGCCUUGUCCGACCCCAUCCCCCAGUCCUUCGCGCACUUCGAUACGCCGUCGAGAAGCUCAAAACUGCAGGCCUCACUGUAGUAGACUUUGAGCCAUAUAGUCAUCAAGAGGGCAUGGAUAUUGUGUCAAAACUGUACUUUCCUGAAUGUGCUGUGACACAGAAGGAACUCUUGGAAAAGGGAGGAGAGCCUAUUGCGCCGCUGUCGGACUAUAUCUUCAACUUUUCCCCGCCACGGCCUCUUACCAUACAGGAGAACUGGGCUUUCAAUGUCAAAAGAGACACUUUCCGAGAGCAGUACCACAAGAUCAUGAAGGAUCGAGGUGUUGACUUCAUCCUCUGUCCUGCCUACGUCGGGCCUGCUGCAAAGUUGGGCGAUGGUCAUUACAUUCCGUACACGGCCAUUUGGAAUCUCCUCGAUCAGCCAGCCAUUACAUUCCCGACUGGACUAAAGGUUGAGCCAACCGAUACACCAUACUUUGACUUCAAACCCCGUUCCGCUGAAGAGGAAAGAGAAUACAAUAAGUACUCGCCCGAAGAGUAUGCUGAGGCGCCAUUGGCAUUGCAAGUAGUUGGUAAACAUUUCUGUGAUGAAGACACGGUCGCCGCUGUAGAGUUGGUGUCAAAGAUUGUCCAAGGAUGA